CGCUAAUGGAGCAGCAGAAGAAGAGCCAGACCGGAAACUAAACACAGCGGCGGAGCGGCGAACGGCGGGAAGAACAUUUUUAACCCGAACAACAACAACAACCGGCUGCAGGAGAAAUCUACAGAACCAAACGGACUGUCUUCAGGCUCAUGGACUGGUUACCGUUGGUUACAGCAUGGAGCGCUCUGAUUGGAUGGAACACUCACUGACUCCGCCUCCAGAUCUCCAGUCAGCAGCAGCAUGUCAGACUCUUCUGAUGACGGUGACCAGAGGAAGGAGGAAGAGUCCACCAGCAGGAUGUGGGCGGAGUCUCAGCCGGGACCGUCCAGGGCACCGCCCAGCAGACAGGGCUACUGUGGAUACUGCAGAGUCCUGUACAGCAACCUGGACCAGCACCUGUCCAGUCUCAGACACCUGGACUCUGUCCGGGCGUCCUCCCGGGGAUCCAGCGCCACCGUCUCCGCCGCCAGCAGGAGCAGAACCAAGCUAACCCUCCUGGAGCGCUUCUUGCAGGACGUCCUGAAGCACCACCCGCACAGCUACCACUCCAGUCCGUCUCACGCCGACCUCCCGUCAGUCUCCGCCCCUCUGAUGGCGAGGGAACAGCUGGACGACGAGCGUCUGCCCAGAGAGGGGGUGGGUCCACAGAGGCUGUCUGCACCAAUCAGAGAGCAGCAGGAAGGAUGUCCCGCCCCCGCGCGGCACACACAGACCCCGCCCCCGGUCCACAGAAAGGCUCACAGGAAGACCAACAGGAGGAAAACCAGCGCCUCCUCCUCUUCCUCGCCACGCAGACCAGACCACGACCCUGGUCCCUCUCCAGUCCCUGGUCCCUCUCCAGACCCUGGUCCCUCUCCAGUCCCUUCCUACCGGUUCCGCACGGUCCCUGGUCCCUCAGUCCCUGGCCCCUCAGUCCCUGGUCCCUCUCCAGACCCUGGUCCCUCUCCAGAACCGUCCUACCGGUUCCGCACAGUCCCUGGUCCCUCUCCAGUCCCUGGUCCCUCUCCAGUCCCUGGUCCCUCUCCAGACCCUUCUCCCCGGUUCCCCACAGACCCUGGCCCCUCAGUCCCUGGCCCCUCUCCAGACCCUGGUCCCUCUCGAGACCCUUCCUACCGGUCCCCCUCAGACCCUGGUCCCCGGUUCCCCUGGCUAGUCUGGCAGAAGCAGAGGAGGAAGGUCCAGAAGGAGGAGGCGUUCUCGUCGGACCACAGUGACUCUCUGGACCGGACCAUCGAGGAGGUGAUCCAGAUGUGUUGCCAUGGCGACACAUCCCCUCGCUGCCAUGGCGAGGAGACGGACAGCUUCCACUUCAGCCUUCCUGUCUCCAUGGAAACACAGAGCGACAACUGGGACUCACCUGUACAGGUGUGUGGUGACUCACCUGUCCAGGUGAACCAGACAGAGGGGCGGAGCCUGAUGCGUCUGAUGGAGGCCCAGGUGCAGCUGGAGGACCCGGUCUACUCCUACCGGCUUGACUCCACCCUCCAUGGCGAGCAGCCAGCAGGGGGCGGAGCCACAGACAGCUUCCUGGCGCUGCCGAUAGACGAGGUCCUACCGGCACCGGAACAUUUCCCAGAAUCCUUCAGGGGAAAGAGCUGGCUGCAGAUAGAACAGGAGGACGAGGAGAAGGUGGAGAAACUGGUCCAACAGUUCAGACGGGGGAGAUUCCUCUGCUACUUCACCUCAGAGUCCCUGGCCAGGUACGGCCGGAGGAGCCACAACAGGAAGGAGGCGGAGCCAGACAGCGGCAUCCUUCCCUUAUUGGACGGUGAUGAUGACGAUGUCUCGACAUGCUUCAGGAAGAGAAGGAGGCGGGGCUUCAGAGUGGCGUCCAGGUGUCAGGUUGUCAAAGUCAGCCGCAGCACUCAGACGCUGCGAUUGGUCGUCCCGGCGGUCCGUGAGCCAGCGUCUGAAGCCCCGCCCCCAAGCGUCCCUGCAGCCAAUCAGGCGUCAGCCGAGCGGACUCCGGUGGCGCGACCGUGGCGCUCUCUGCCCGCAUCGUACCGCGGCAUCAUCACGCCGCUGCAGCCGCGCAGCCAGCUGCUCUUCCUGCUCUGCUCGCCCUCAGGCCCCGCCCCCGCCGCCGACACGCCGCCAGGCUCUGCCCACAGACGCUGCAGGAAGAAGACGCGCCCGCUGCAGCGCCGGGGGUCAAAGGUCACGUACAAACGGCUUCCUGUCAGCUUCUACGAGCCCGGCAGCAACCGCAUCCUGAGCAACGCCCCCAGAGGCUCCGCCCCCAGCCGCUCGCCAGGCUCCGCCCCCAGCCGCUCGCCAGGCUCCGCCCCCAGCCGCACGCCACCCUGCGUCCGUCAGCUGUUCCGGAGUCUGAGCCCGGACCUGAACGCCGACACAGCACGCUCCUCCAGGGUUAAAGGGUUCGCUCUGAGAGCGCUCAGUAGAGACUCGGACAAACAGGAAGUGGCGAGGAGGCGGGGCCGAGCGUCCCAGGCCCCGCCCCCUGCGGCCAGAGGCAGGUCAGAGCGGGGGAGGGGAGGGGGGGGGGACAGGACACGCCCACAGCCCGCCAAGAGAAGAACUUGCACUCAGGCGGCGCCCAAUCAGCCGAGGAGGGAAGGCCUGCGGAGCCGCAGGGGGCGGAGCUAGCAGGUUGCUAGGGGGUUGGACAUGAUUACAGCUGAGGCAGGCAGCGCUGAAUGUA